AUGUAUUCCGGGCAAACGGAUCAAACCAUGUCGCAAGUGAGAAGUUAUGGUCAUGUAUUACAUGCGCCGACGUUGGUCGGAGGAGUCGGAACGGAAGAUCUCGAGGCUUUUUAUGAUGAAUUGUUCACGCCCAUUCCGCCGAAUAGUAAUACGCAGAUUCGAUUGUUGAGUCGGACGAUUGGGACGGAUAGGAUUGUGGAUGAGUUGUUUGUGUCGCUGGCGCAUUCUGUCAAGAUUGAUUGGUUGCUUCCGGGGAUACCGCCUACGAAUCGCAAGAUUGAAAUUGUCAUUGUUUCAAUCUUUCAUGUGAGGGGGGAUAAAUUGGAGAGCGAGCAUAUUUAUUGGGAUCAGGCGAGUGUGCUUGUGCAGGCAGGAAUAUUAGAUCCCAAAGCCGUCCCCGAAGCUCUAAAGAAACAAGGGGUUAAGCAGCUCCCGGUGGUAGGCGCUGAAGGCACAAGAGCGAUCAAGCGAGGAAGUAGCAGACACAUCAAUACUUUAAUACCAGAUUGGUGA